AGUGUUCUCGACUUUGAAUCCGCCCUAAGCGCUUCAAUGGGCGCCGGCAAGCCGGUGAAAUCGGCGAUGUCAAAGGCGGCACCAGUGCAGCCAAGCAGCUCAGAGCCCUCCUUUGAGGAGUUGAGCCAGAUUAUCAGCAGCCUUAAGCCGCAACAGCAAUCUGUGCUAGCUGGUCUGCUAGGGACUGCUAUUGGUGACGCUGUAGGGCUACCUUUUGAGUUGCAUGCACAUGCAAAAAAUCGGAAAUCUCUGGAUGUGCAGCAAAGCUUUACCAAUCCACAAGGCUUUUUGGAAGACGUGCUGACUUUGAUGAGAUCCCGACUUCAACGGUCAGGAGGAACGCCAUUUGGCCGUACCUUUUCAGAUGACACCGUUUGUACAGACUUGAAGAUGCAGGUUGUCGCACAGGUUUGCCUGAGUGGUGUGGAAAGGAUCUCAGAAGAUACAGUCUUCGAGGCCUUACUGCAGCAGUAUUUGGCGUGGGCAAACAAUGCUGAAGGCAACCUCUUUCAGGGAUUUGGCGGGUUUACGAAAGAUUUGCUGAAGCCAUCGCGGGAGAACCGCUUGGGCAGAUUGACUAGCAUUUGGAAGCCAAACACCAACUAUUUGCCCUCAGAGGAGUACAAACAGUUUGCCCAGGAGUAUUUUGCGGGGGUUGGCGGCGUUCCUUCCUGGGGGAAUGGAGCGGUGAUGAGCAUGACGCCACAGGUGCACAUGCAGCUGCAGGGCGCAGGACGAGCUGCUCAAAAGCUGUCCGCCACACACUUGGAGGCCUCAGCAUUGUUGGCAACUGACAUCCUGGUUGAGCUACUGAGUGCGAUCCACACAAAGAAGCUCCAGAAGACCAAGGACAUGAACCAGGUACUCAAGCUCAAUUCUUGGCAGCAAUUGCCUGCCCGUUUGGUGACACAGGACAGCUAUGUGUACCCGAUUGCAGCUUUUGAGGAGUUUCUGAGGAAUGGUGAUUGUAAGCCCGAAACGGCCAAUGCCUACCUACAGGAUUCAAUCACCAGGUCUGGCAAUUCGCUUUGGGAAGGUGACCUCGUGACCAUGCAAGGCCCCUUUGGAUGCUUCGGAGAAAUGUUACGCAUUGCUUCGAAUUAUGAUGACGACCACCAUGGCGUGCGACUGACGGUGGAAAACCAACCUGAAGUCCUGGUGCGCUUCAGCCAGAGGGCGUUGAACACAGUCAUUAUUGGCAUUUGGUGUGCCACAGCAUCCCAAUCUUGCGUUGAAUGGCUGCAGCGGAUGCUGUACGUCGGUGGCGACACCGAUACUGUUGGUGCAGUCGCAGGUCAGAUCGCUUGUCCGCUCCUGGAUUUGAACGACGUUGUGACGGUCUACCAGGACUGCGUGGCCCUGGAUGCGGCACCUGUCAAUGCAGCGGCCGCGCGGCGCUUUGCUUACCGGUCAUGUCUCUUCGUGGCUAACAACUGGACUCCACUGCAGCACUGCCCGCGCUUGGUGGAUCCAAGCUACGAAGGCAUCACCACGGAGGAUGGCAUGCGCCUCAGAGGCCACUUCCGGACGCCCUGCAAAUUUGGAGGCAAGUGUCGCGACCAAAAGAAGGGCCACCGAGCACAGUAUGCACAUCCAACCGAUUCUGAUUGGCAGCGGCUACCCUGUCGCUAUGGCCGAACAUGCCGAGACCAAUCUGAAGGACACAAGCUCGAGUACGCACACCCUGCUGAUCAAGAUUGGGAGACCUUGGCCAUGUUGACUGGACGCAGCAACCAGCACAUCUAACAGGCUUCAUCCUGUGAGAAUCUGUAAGUCACAGGUAGCAGCAAAUGAUGGCCUCAUGGGUUUCUCCACGAAGGUGUGAGAUCGCCAGGGGACCAACUGUGGGAAGUGUUGCGGCAGUCCUGGUUGGAAAUCCGUU